GUUUGUGUAGGGCAGGUGGGUUUUAGUUGUUGGCAUGUUUGGUUGAUUGAAGUUGGGUUGAUUAUAUUUGAAUUUGAAAAAAAAUAAUUAUAACAGGAACAAGUUUUCUUUUGAGUAAUUCUCUGUUUCAUAUGUAUAUUUUAUUAUUGGUAUAGGUUUAUAUGAUUUCGGUUUCCACACAUCUACAUUCUACAUUAUUAUGUUUGAAUCAGACGAUUAUGACCAGGUAUUAUCUCAAUUUGAAUUUCCCGAAGAUGCGUUAGUAGUAAACAAAAAUAAUGUAGAAAAUAAAUGUGGCUCAGACAACUCAAAUCCGGCGAAAAAUGAUAAUGUGGAAACUACCCAAACGAAUGGUGGACAAAUUUUGAACUUAAAUGAGGAUAUUCCUAGGAAUAUUGAAGUACCUGUGAGGAAUAAUGAAAAUAUUCCCAAUAACAGCAAAGAAAAUGUAGUUAGGAAUGCAAACAGUGUAAUAUCACCAAAGCAUACAAAGAGAAAAAUGAUAAAUUCAUACUUCGAUCAUAAAAAUAAACGAAAGUUCCCUGGUCCAGCUGGACUUCUCACUGGAGGAUUUGAAGAAAAUGAAAAUAUUUGUCAAAUUGAACUACUUUCACAGGAUGUUGAUUUCACUCAAAACAAUUUGAGAGGAGACUUAUUUGAGUCUCCUUUGUGGGUAAGGUUAUUAGACGAUUUGAAAACUUGGAAUUUACAUGAUAUAGAUUCAAUAAAAAUGGUAAAACAGCAAGCUAUGUCUGGAAACUUGAGAAGAAGGAAAGCUCAUACAAUUACUGCCUUUGUUGAGACAGUGGAUAGAUCAGCCACAGACCCACUGAUUAUUAUGAGGGAUACCACAGGAAAUAUAAAAGGCACACUUCAUAGAGAUGCAUGGUCAUCAUUUUCAAAGUACAUAGCUUCGGAAUAUUGUGCCUUUAUCUUAUGGAAGCCUACAAUACUUACAACAGGCAGUGCUUUCAAGAAGCAUUAUCUUAAUAUAACAUUAAGUAAUAUAUUAGCUGUCUAUAGCUCUACAGUACUGGCUGAUGAUGCAGAAGCUAAACCUUUACCUGAUGGAUAUAAAAUUGUUUAUGAAGAAGACUAUACUGUGAUAAAAACUGAAAAGAAUUUGAAUAAUAUAGGUACAGAUGAAACAGUAACAAAUGGUUUUGAUACCAAUGCCACAGAUUUACUAGAUGAACUGGAUACUAUAUUUUCUGAUGAUGUAUUUUAAUGACUAGCUUUAUGGUGUACCUCAAAAAUAAACCUUAUCCUUUACGACAAUAGGUAGCUUAUAGUAUUACAUAUGUCUUGUUUAAAUUUUUUAUUUAUGAUUUAUUGAAUAAUUGUUGGUGCUAUUUUGUGUAGCAUCAAUUGAUACAUGUUACAAUGAAGAUAAGUGUUUGUGAUUAUUCUA